AUGAAACUUAUCUUUUUAACCAUUGUCCUUUGUGUGACAAUUUCUGUCGCUCAUGGAACAAAACUGUUGGCAUCGUCAACACGGCAGAUGAAUCGUCGAGAAACCAAACUAGUCAGACGAUUAGUCAAACGACAAGCAUUGAAUGAUGCAAAUUGUGAUCGACGUGCUUGUAAUGUUCCCAAUUGUGGUAAAGAUUUUGUCGCUGCUGCCUUACCUGGAGAAUGCUGCGAAAAAUGUGUACCAUGGGAAUAUGCAGCAAGCUUAGGUAUUCGAUAUCCACAAGCGCCACCACCACCACAGCCGUCUUAUGACGCACGAUCACAACAAGGUUACGCGUAUAAUCAAUAUGCGUAUAAUCAGGCACAACGUGUAGAUGUCUAUAUAUUCGGACCGCAGGACGGUGCACGUGUGUCAAGCGGACAAAGCAUUUAUUUUGAUUGCGAAGUUGUUUCACCUUAUAAUCAAUAUGCUCAGCCACGUUGGACACGAUCUGGCAACCAGCCAUUACAAUAUAAAGCUCAAAGCACAACAUUACCAGGCGAUCGCAAACUUGUUCGAUUAACAAUUCCAGAUGCAACUCAAAGCGAUGCUGGUCGAUACGAAUGUAAUGGCGGCACGGGAAAUCCAAAUGAUCAAGCGUCAAUAGAUUUACAAGUCACCGAUGGUGGUUAUUACCCACGGCCACCAUCUCCACCACAACCACAACCACAAUAUCCUCAAUAUGAUCCAUAUAAUCAGUAUCCAUAUAAUCAACCGAACUAUUACCCACAACGGCCUCAAACACCGCCGCCGCCACCCCAGCCCCGGCCACAGCCACAGCCACAACCACAACCUCAGCCUCAACCAAACGCAGGCGAUGAGGGCGAAGAUGAUGGAGUUGAUGAUGAAGAUGCGGGUGGUGAAUACGAACAAGGACCAGCAGCAAGCGAUACAACAUCAACCACAGCUAAACCAGCGCCUCAAGAAAAUCGAGAUUCUAAUAAUCCAGAAGACGAUGGAGAAUAUCCCGAAGAUUAUACAGAUAACGAAAAGUAA